AAAAAAUUCAUCAAUAAAUGUGAAUUAUCAAUAAUAAAUGAAAAUAUUUUGGGAUUCCCUGUUCCGUGUGUUUGGGUUAGUAUCAAUAAAAAUAUAAGCGAGAAUAAAUGAUUGGGCGUCGUUUAUGUCGUUGAACGGCUAUUGGACAUCUGCUUUUGUUCUGUUGGAAAAUCGCGAUACGCCAAUUUUGGUUGGAUGCGCUAAUUUGAGCGGCAAAUUCAUUUGUUUGGAUUGCGAAAAUUAAACAAUCAUGUCCGUGUUCUUGGUGAAUCCGACCACUGAAGAGGAAGAGGAAGAUAAUCCGACUGAAGAAGGUUCUAAUGCUAUAACAAUAAACGUAGAAGACAAUCCUAGAUGCAAUGUAGCUGCUUUAAAUCAGUUUUGGCCUAAAGUAAUCGAGGAUAUCAGAAAAAUCGGAACAUUAGAUUUAAAAACACAAGCGUUACCUCUAGCUAGAAUAAAAAAAGUAAUGAAAUUAGACGAUAAUGUGAAAAUGAUUAGUGCUGAAGCGCCAAUGUUGUUCUCAAAGGCUGCAGAGAUAUUCAUUAAUGAACUGACACUUCGUGCAUGGAUUCAUACUGAAGAUAAUCGUCGACGAACUCUACAGAGAAAUGAUAUCGCUAUGGCAAUCACCAAGUACGAUCAGUUUGAUUUUCUUAUCGAUAUUGUACCCAGAGAAGAAGCAAAAAUUGUUACUAAAGGUGUAAAUGAUAUUAAGACCACACUGAAUCCUGAUCAAGUUCAGUAUUAUUUUCAACUUGCCCAACAACAACAACAACAACAGCAAACAAAUAAUGCCACAGCUUCUAGUACUGGACAAACAAUACAAAUCUUACAACCAGUAACGAGUCAAGUUGUAGCAUUAGGAAAUGGUUCACAAGAUCAAGUAAAUAUAGAAAACAUUUCAAAUAAUACAUCAAACAUUACAACUAGUACUUCUACUACAGUAACUGGCAGCCAACAAGCUCAAGUAAUACAAUUACAAGGCAAUACUCAAACAUUAAAUGCAAAUUCAAGUGGUGUACUUCAAUUUGUUCAACAAGUUAUCACUCCAACGGGUGAAAUACAACAUAUACCUAUACAGCUUAAUUCCAAUCAAAUGCAAAUGCUUCGUAUGCAAGUUCAAAAUUCUCCUCAAACUCAACAAGUUCAAGUAGUUCAAUCACAACCUCAAAUCAUACAAGUGGCCCCUCAAGCUAAUGGACCUUCACCAGUGUACAUAUCUCAACCAACUGUUAAUCCAACUACAAGUCCAGAAUAAAUAAUUGUAAAUAAAAUUUAACUUCUAUAAA